AUGUGGCUUCUCUGGUGGCCGAAGAACAACGCCUCCUCUGGCGCCAAAACUUGCACAUCCUCCGCCGCCGUAACUGCGACUUCGCUCGCCAGGAAGGCCUCCUCCUCCAACUACAACUGCUUCGCCAAACUGUUGCGCAAACUGAAGAAACGCAGCAGAGUACUCCGUAGCACCGCUGGAGAGAGCAGCAGCACCUUCCAGUGCCGCUACGAUCCUUUGAGCUACUCUCUCAACUUCGACACCAGCGGCUGCGGAGGCUUGUUAGAUGAACAUUACUAUCAGUACUGCGCUUUCUCAUCCAGAUUCGCGUCCAAUCCAGGAAAUGUUUCUCAUUCUGCUCCUGUUGUAACAGUCACUACUUCUCGCUAG